AUGGCAUUUGGGCACGAUGACCGGCUUCCCACCCUUUUCUCCUCCCUCGACCCGUCGUCACACUACUUCUCCCUCGAGUUCUUCCCGCCCAAGACGUCCUCGGGCUUCUCCAACCUCCAAUCUCGCUUGGCCCGGAUGGCCACUGCCCUACAUCCACUAUUCGUCACGGUAACUUGGGGUGCUGGCGGAUCGACAGCCACCAAGUCGCUGGAGCUGGCAGAGUUGUGUCAGCGACAGCUGGGGUUGACCACUGUCCUACAUUUGACAUGUACCAACAUGAAGAAAGACAUGGUGGAUGAGGCGCUGGAAGCCGCAAAGGAGAUCGGCAUCCGGAACAUCCUGGCUCUGAGAGGCGAUCCACCCAGAGAAGAGUACAAAGACGCUACAUCCUUGGGAGAAACUGAAGGUGGAAGCGGUGGUGCAGGCACGGGAAGCAAUGAAGAAUUCACGUGGGCGAUUGACUUGGUCCGGUACAUUCGGAGGAAGCACGGCAAUUACUUUGCCGUCGGUGUCGCUGGAUAUCCCGAGGGCCACGCUGACGAGAGCCACCCGGAACAAGGAAAACAGAGCGUUGAGCAUGAUCUGCCCUAUCUGGUGGGCAAGGUCUCUGCGGGCGCGGACUUCAUCAUGACGCAGUUAACGUACGACAUUGAUGCGUAUCGAAGAUAUGAGGAUCGUCUGAGAAAUUAUGCAGACCCGGAAGGCAGGAGGGUGUUUGCUAAGAUCCCAAUCAUUCCAGGCCUCAUGCCGAUCCAGUCCUACCAGAUCAUCAAGCGAAUCACGAAGCUCAGUCAUGCGAGACUGCCGGAGGAUAUCUCGAAGCGAAUCGAGGCCGUGAAGUCAGACGAUGAGGCUGUCAAGAAGGUUGGUGUGGAUGUGCUCAGCGAGCUCGUGGAGCAGAUGAAGACCCUGCCUCAGCCGGAUGGCGUGCCUAGGGGCUUCCAUUUCUAUACCUUGAACCUGGAAAAGAGUGUGGCGUUUAUUCUUGAGAGGACAGGCUUGAUCCCACCGGUGAGUUCGGAGGGAAGCACGGGAGAUAGAGAUGGAGAUUCAUCUUCAGAUCCGGACGCCGUUGUCGAUGAUGACAAGCGAGACGGUACCGCCACUAUCACGAAGGAGCAAGCAGAUCAAGAUGCACAUCAGGCACGAGAUUCUGCUUUCUCCAGGCGGCGGAGGAGUUCGAUCAACGCCCAACCUCACAAUCGUGUAAUCAUGGAUCGGCCGUCCCGUUCACCCGCACAAGCUCGGCCAGAUGGGGACACUGACCCGCCUAACGGUCGGAGCUCGAGUCUCACGGCGCAACACUCCGCGAGAGAUCGAGGGACCGGCAUUCCUGCAUCAUCACCUACAAGACGGCAUAAUCUCCUCAUAUCUGAAGGUCAGGGCUCCUUGGGAAGGGAAGCCACAUGGGACGACUACCCGAACGGUCGAUUUGGCCCCAGCCAUUCGCCUGCUUUUGGCGAGAUUGACGGAUACGGACCAAGUCUGAAAGUCAGCCCUCUGAUGGCAAGGAAACUAUGGGACCAUCCGAAGUCGGCCAAGGACGUGACGGAGAUAUUCAGACGGCACGUGUCCGGUGAACUGGCGGGUGUACCAUGGAGCGACGACAUUGAUCCCAGCGGCGGUAACGGCACAACGUUGAGCAAGGACACGGCAGGCGCCUUGAGAGCAGAAACCGACGUCAUCAGGUCGGAAUUGCUCUCUCUGAUCUCAAAGCAAAACUACUGGACGCUGGCGUCUCAACCGGCCGUUGAUGGCGCUCCUUCAUCUCAUCCGAUAUUUGGCUGGGGACCACCAGGUGAAGGAUUCGUGUUCCAGAAGACCUUUGUAGAGUUUUUCUGCAGUCGAGACGAAUGGGAAACACGGCUGAAGGACCGGCUCCAGAAGUACGGCAGCGAGGUCCUCAGCUGGAUGAAGACGGACGUACACGGUGCGUUUGAGAGCGCGCAGCACGCGCCGCGGCCAGCAAACGGCGUCAAAAGGGCCGCGACUGAUGAAACCACGAAUCCCAUCUCCACCAUGAACAUCAAUGCCAGCGCCGGCGUGUCGGACGUGGACACCGUGAAUGCCGUGACGUGGGGCGUGUUUCCCAGCCGCGAGAUCCUCACCCCAACCAUCAUCGAGGCCGAGUCGUUCCGUGCGUGGGCCCAAGAGGCCUUCGCCAUCUGGAGUGAAUGGAAGCGCUGUUUCCCUCGGGGUUCCGAAGAGGCGGCCUUUCUCGACCGAGCUAGAGGCGAUGUCGUGCUGGUGAAUAUCGUGGGGCAAGAGUUCCGAGGCGGCCACGACGGGCAGGGAGGCCGGUUGUGGAAGAUCCUGCUUGGUGAAGAUCAGAAGAUGGGCGAGAGAUCGGGAUUAGAUGACACAUGA